AUGUAUUGCCAGAAAUGCCGACAGCCUGUUCGCUUUGAUAGCUCGCUCGAGAACAUCAAUCCAGCGUCCUUUGACCUGCUUGUUGCAUCCACGGGCAAGUCGCAAUUGAACAAUGUGACCUCUUCCAUCUCUCGCAUGAACUACCCGCACGAGAGAAAAGAAUUAUAUGACCGCGUCUCCCUCCAAGCGAACUCUCCCGUCUAUAAGAGAUCUAUUGCUGCGCCAACGGAUGAGGCAGUUCUCCCUCGCCGGGCUGACCACCCAAACGGCCACCCUGAUAUGUCGUUCAUUGAAAUCACACAGUCACAAGUUGCUUUGACCGACAAGGAACAUCAAACUCAAAAAUUACAGAGUCCUAACGCGAGAAAAAAUGGUGCCGACGGUGAUCCCGUGAAAGACCUGCGGAUGUCUGCCACGAAGAAUCAGAUUGAAGAUCUGUUUGCCAUCCUCUCCUCCCAUUCAGACAUCGAUCAUCCCUUGUGUCAGGAAUGCACUUCCAUGAUGCUGUCGCAAUAUGCUACACGCCUGGGUAGUGCUAACAGGGAGAGAGACGCCUAUGCUGGUUUUCUCAAGUCAACCCAAAGUCUCUCCUCCGAGAUUCGGGGACCUUCAGAUGGGAAACGAGUUGGAGGUACAAUCUACGAGCAACUGGAAUCGACCGAAGCCGAAAUCAGAAAAGUGGAUGUUGAGAUUGCGGCUUUAGAGGAAUUGUUGCAACACGAGGAAUUAGAGCAAGAAGCGUACUGGAAUUCGCGAAACAUAGUCGAUGACGAUCUCUACCAUACGACCACAUAUUUCUCAUUCCUAAGAGAGAAACAGAUCCAUGAUCUCCGACAGCUUGAGCGUCUGCAGCGCACCAAUGUCUACAACGACACUUUCUGCAUUGGCCACGAUGGCUAUUUUGGCACGAUAAAUGGCCUGCGUCUAGGCCGUUUGCCUGGCCAAAAUGUUGACUGGUCUGAGAUCAAUGCUGCAUGGGGCCAAACCUUGCUGCUCCUUGCCACUGUUGCAGAAAGACUCAAGUUCACAUUUCAGGGUUAUCGUCUGCGACCUCAGGGGAGCACGUCUCGCAUAGAAAAGCUCGAAUACCCUCAACAACCUCCCGACGUGCAGAGACAACAACCAACAGGCCGCGACGGAGGUUUGCGUUCAGCUGCUGCGAACCCUGAACCGAAGGUCACCCCCCUCGACCUCUUCAGCAGCGGCGACAUGGCAAUCGGCCGCCUUCUGAACCAUCGACGGUUUGAUGCUGGCAUGGUAGCAUUCCUCGACUGCUUAGGGCAACUCGGGAAACACGUCGAGAAGACUUCCAGCGUCGACAUCAAUCCCAAACCAUCCGUACGGAAUGCAACACUAAAGAACACACAGUCGAAAAGGGUGUUGCCAUAUGGGAUACAGGGUGAUAAAAUAGGGGACGUGUCAAUCAAGCUAGGAGUCGGUUUUCAUCAGGACGAGAACUUCACCAAAGCUUGUAAAUAUGCUUUAACUUGUUGCAAGUUCCUCCUGGCUCAUGUCAGCAACCUCGAAAGUCAGAAGGAAGCAUGA